CGUGGGUCUUCCACUUCCCUCUAGAACUUUCCCCUUCUCUCCAUCGCCCCAACACUACCUUCCCCUGCGGAUGCACCUAUAAAUCACCGAAGCACCUGACCUUUUUUCUUAGAGAAAUUUGAUCAAUUCCAUUUCAAAAGUUAUCCAAAAACUUGUCUAGCAUUUCGUGUUUCAGUGACGAAACCAGCCAACUUAGAAGAGAGAGAUGGAUCUCAAAAUCAUGGGUAUGGAUUCUCCACUGUUCACCACCCUGUAGCAGAUGAUGGACCUGGCCGAUGACACCGAAAAGUCGUCCUUCAACACUCCUACAUGCACCUACAUGCGCAACGCCAAGGCCAUGGCUACCACUCCAGCCGAUGUCAAGGAGUACCCAAGCUCCUACGUGUUCAUCAUUGACAUGCCGGAGCUCAAGUCCGGGGAUAUCAAGGUCCAGGUAAAGGAAGACAAUGUGCUCGUGAUAAGCGGCGAGAGGAGAUGGGAGGAGGAAAAAGAGGGAGCCAAGUAUGUGAGGAUGGAGAGGAGGGUCGGCAACUUCAUGAGGAAGUUUGUGCUGCCUGAGAAUGCCAACACAUAUGCUAUCUCUGUGGUUUGCUAGGAUGUAUGUUACCAGAUAAUUAUCAAAGCCGACUAGAACAGAGGUUAUGGUCUCCAUAUGGUUGUUACCAAAUCAAACGAGAC